GUGACGCUGUGACAGGACAGCCAGAAGGUGGGCCGUCAGCAUUCGAACUCAACUCACCGCUUCCACUGCGCGGUUUAUUCACGCUCCCUUCAUUAUCUUUUAGUUUCACUCUAUUGCCGCCCCUCUUCAAUCUCCCUCCCAUCUAUAAAUCAAAUCUCGUAUUCUAUUUCCCUCUCAAACCUCUUUACUCUCACACACAGUAAUUCUAAUUGUAAUGGCGAACUCCAGCGAAGAUCCGACCCGACCCUAUCACCACUCUCAAUUUCAAUUUCAGUUACUUAAGUCAAAUCCUCACCAUCACACUCUUUCGUCCUCUUCUUUUGCUACUAAUCCACUCUACCAUUCCUUCCUUGGCAGGCUUCCCUUUCCUUCAAAUCACUCUCCUCACAAUAAUACUAAUAAUACUAUCAUCAAUCAUUCUUCUCAUAUUACUAAUAAUAUUAAUCACAGGGACGACACACAUUCCGCUUUUGCUAGGCUUGCGUUGAAGCAAACAAAUGAAUCAGGCAAAUGUUUGAUUCAGACCACUGGACAAGCAGCCACUCCUCGACGUAGAAAAGUAGUCAAUGAUCCUUUGCUAGAACCCGAAUCUUGUAUAGGUGGUAAAAUUAAUAGCAAGUCAAAGGUUUUAAAACAUACAAAGUCUGUGACUCAAAGACCGAAUGUUGAGGCUCCUAGUGGUUGGAAUCCAGCUAAUAGUUGCCGAUAUGACAGUUCUUUAGGCCUGUUAACAAGGAAAUUCAUCAAUUUGAUUCAUGAGGCUAAAGAUGGCACCCUUGAUCUGAACCGGACUGCAGAAGUGUUGGAGGUCCAAAAGAGGAGGAUAUAUGAUAUAACUAAUGUCCUUGAAGGAAUUGGAUUGAUAGAGAAAACUUCAAAGAAUCACAUACGCUGGAAGGGAUCUGAUAGUUUAGGGCCAAAGGAGUUGGAUGAUCAAGUUGCUACAUUGAAGGCUGAGGUUGAAAGUUUAUAUGCUGAAGAAUGCAGGAUUGAUGAUUGCAUAAGGGAAAAGCAAGAGCUUCUGAGGGUCUUGGAGGAAAAUGAGAAUCAUCAAAAGUACUUAUUUUUGACAGAGGAAGAUAUUGCCAGUCUUCCAUGCUUCCAGAAUGAGACACUGAUUGCAGUUAAAGCUCCUCAAGCAAGCUAUAUUGAAGUUUCUGAUCCUGAUGAGGAUAUUGGUUUUCCCAAAAGUCAAUACAAAAUGAUUGUUAGAAGUACCACAGGGCCAAUUGAUUUGUACCUUCUGAGCAAAUACCAAAGUCAAGGUGAUAGGGUAACUGUUGAGCAGGCCCAAUCAGCAAAUCCGUCUACUUGGAACUGUGGCCCAUGCGGAGUGCAAAACGUUGGGCUGUCUCUGGAACGUGAGGAUAAUUGGAAAAGUUGCGAAACAUUCAGCUCAAUGAGCUCAGAGGCAUCUGGGAUUCAGAAGAUAAUUCUUUCAGACUGCGAUAUUGAUGAUGAUUAUUGGUUCAGCUCAGAUCCUGAAGUCAGCGUUACAAAUUUGUGGAGCAACUAAUACAUUUAACUUUGAAUGACUGGAUCACGAUUACUGGAACAUGCUGGAUCUGGUCUUGCACUAAGGUCAGCUUUAAGGUUAAUUUUACCCUAUUUAACCGUCAGGAAAAUGUAUAUAUUUACCAUAUACUUUCUCUACAGCUUACAGUAAAUGAACUCUGGACAAAGGAAGGUGACCUCCUUGGCGAUGACUCUGCACUGGCUCAGCUACAAGCAUCAUUAAAUGGACAUUGGUACUGGUAAAUGAGAAGCAAAGUCCUUGUUACUCAAGGUUGACAAAAUAUUAUUACGUUUCCAUUAUAUUUUGAACUGUAAAUUUUGUAGCUAGAUUUUUCUUUUUCUUCCUUUAACUCAAUUAGAGUAAUAACUAAUGAGUAAGUUUAGAAAGAUGUGGGGAAGUGUGGAACGUCGUUCCUCUCUCAUGUCCAACAAGUUUGCUAGUUCCUUUAUAUUAA